ACGGCCACUGCCAUCAUACUGCUUCACGUCCAAGUUCAAGUUCAGGUUGACUCCAGAUGCUGCAGUGGUCUCUAGGUACCGUUCCUCCUGCCACGGCCACUGUAAGUGCGUUGUACCGGUGUAGGUCCCGCCCUUGUGCUGCGGUCGCCCGGGUUGUUUUGCAGGUCCAGUAUCUGCCGUACUUGCUGUGUGCCUGCGGACAUCAUUCAGGUUGUUCCCAGCACCACCCUGCUUCAAGUUCCGCCUGCAAACACUGCUCAGCAAAGCAUUGAAUAUCAAUGCUCGCCAACUUUCCUCGGUGUUCUUGUUCCGCUCAGCCACCGACCGCCCCUUAGUGUCCCUGGCUUAGCUCCUCCGAUCCAGAAACCGUCCAGUCCAGGAUCCUCCUAGCCGGCCGCUUCGUGCAGACAGCCGUCACUCCAGUCCCGCCGCUUUCAUCAGAUCCAACCGCGGACCGCCGGGCCACAUUGUGGGUUCCCACUAAGGAACGAUUUUUUGGAGAGAAAAUGUACAUGAACCAGCUUGAAGCCUUGCAAGAAAAACAGCCCAUGAUAGCAUUACUGUUACCCCGGUCAAAGAUAUUCUCCUUAAGGCACGCUGGAUAUGCCUGAAACAGGCUUGGAGGUGUCCCGGUGGAACUGCUGGUCAGUCAGAUGGAUCAGGAACCGUGUACAGUAAUAUGGCCGGGGAGAGCCAAGGAAACAAUGAUGGACUGGCAAAGUGUACCUAGGUAUCGUGAUGGAGCAGCCCGGCUUGUGGCGCCAGCUACAGUACUUUGUACUUACUCCUACUGGCACUGCCGUGAUCAAACGGCAACUGCCUGGGCACUAUGCUCAUGACACCGUUACUCACGCCGCACAAAUGAGAUUCGCUAUCAUGUUCCAGAAGCUACAGCCAGGCCUAUUCACGAUCGUUUGAUUGAGGCUGACAGUGGAUCUCACUAGUCAUAGGAGGAGCCCCCAAGGCUAUCUUGGGGUCAAAAAUACCUGACUGGGUGCUGUAAAACGAUCGGACGUCGGAUACGUCAACCAUGUCUCAAGUGCAGAUGCAGCCGACCGUCUACAGCAGCAGAGGCCGACAGCGUCGUACACAAAGCCGCAGUCAACCGUCCUCAAUUUUCAGUACACCACCAAGGUAUCUAUGGCACGACAAACAAUGUAUCCCGGUAGCUGCCCAGCCACGGCAUGCUAACAGUUGUCAAAAUCACAACUUGGAGGCCAUAAUGGCGGUGAAAAGCGGUGUACACACCGACAAUCCUCAGAAUUGUGAAAAACAUUGAAUUGACUUCAACCUGCAGCCGGGGAGGAGGGACAAAGAUUCCGCUCCUGAUUCCUUUGGCUAUAACAGAAGCCAACUGGCCGCCUUGCUGAACAUGCUCACGAACCCCGGGCUGGCUUUGGCAAAUAACUGUUUCAAAACGCCCCGCGCCAUGCUUGCAUCGACGCCCGUCGCUAAGGGUUCAGGGGACUGCUGUCAUUGGUAGCCGAUCCACAGAGAGGCGCUCCCCACUGACCUGCAUCUGGGCUGCACAGACUUCAGCUGGCUUGCGAGAUACGGCCAGAGAUACUGCCAGCCUUGAUCUUCCUGCGGCGCUGUCUGAUCACGUGCCUGGCGACUUCGGCAUGGAGGAUUUCGGCGUGUACAACGUAUCCGAUGCGGAUCAUCUAACAGCGAGCGAGUGCCCAGAAAAAUGCCGAAGAUGCUCGCAAAAAUAUCUACCCUAGGAACUUCCAAGCGUGCAGGUAUGGCGUCUUGUGUUGUUGGCCUCUUUCGUCUGAUGUGAAACCACUUUUCAGUGGUUGGCGGCUUUAACUGUUGAGAGACGCUGUUGCAUGAGGUUGCCGAUGUUCCUUUCCCGGUGCUUUCCUUGAACCCAUUUUUCCUGUCACGCCUUCGCCUGGCUGCCAUGGCUUCAGACCAUUUGCAUCGGUCUGACCGGCAUCUUCCAUUUCAGUAUUGUCAUGAUUAAACCUGAUGAAGCACGUGGAUCUGCCAGACAUGCGGCUGUGGGACGCCUCUGCCUUGACCUUCCAUUGCUUCACUUGGCCCGGUCAGAUUCAAAUCCCUGAGCAUCGCUACCUGUGGGUCAUGUUCUUCCCACUCGAGACUGUCGAUAGAAGUGGCCAGCGGUCGAUUGCCCUAAUUGUCCAAUUUCUACCAGACAUGGUGGGCGGCCUCAACAAGAACUCACAGUCAGGUGUUGUUUAUUUAGUAGAGCUCCCUUGGCUCCACUUGACUUCUCGGGGCCGUCAGAUGGUCCAGACAACAAGAUGGCUCACUCACCAAAAGAUCCGGAAUUCACUUCGUCACGAUGAUGGAUUUUGAACGGCCCUCACGGCCGACCACAGUCUGUCUUCAGGACGUGCGCCUUUCUGAUGAUCAGCUAACUUGGUUAUGGAAACUCGCCCACUACUAGUAGUAGGGAUGUGGGCAAGAGACCGCCCACGGAGAGAUGAUGGCUUUGACCGUGCUUUGCCGAGGAGUCAGACCGUCAAAUGAUUUGCUAUCGACUGCAAGGCUUUGAGCCGAAGAAAUCAACUAUCAUCAGCCCCUACAAGUCUGUCAGGUAUAGUUACAAAUGGACUGGUCUUCUUGUUCGUGACCUCCAACAUAGCCUGCUAAGCACCCACCAAGUACAACCAACUGAUUCAGCUCCGGGUACUUUUGCGAGUCAUCAUGUUGUAGGUGGAGUUGUUGGAUCGACACAGAGGAUAUCUCCAUUAGGGAGCUCUUCUUGGAAGCAUGACAGUUCUAGGAUAUGGUACGCUGGCACCCGGUGGACUAACAACAUCCUGGCGAAAGUUGUCCUGAGAGCGGCACUUAGGCUGCAUAUGAAGUCGAGGUAGGGCGAUGUGUUUGUGCUGUAUCGUGGGGAUUCUCAGAGCCAUCACUCGCUGCCAUUAGACUCCAUCUGACCUGGGACACGAUCAGGAUGGUUGUCGGUAGCUUGCUCGCCGAACUUUUCCUCGACAUGUUCGUGCAAGUAUGUAUCAAACUUUCCGGCCUGCCUUUCUUUGACGGCCUUUCUCGCUUGAUUCUGCCAGCCUUUCUCAUAGAAACCCUCGCUUACGUCUUGCUUGAACCUGGAAAUGGCAGCUCUGACAUGCGGGUCAUUGAGGACAAAAUCCACCGAGAUGGGGCAGACAAGAGCCCCGGAAUCGUCCAGCUCAUACUGGCGAUAUGGCGGGGGCAUGCUGUCGAUGAUUGCACGCUUUUCAGCUUCGUUGUACCUGUCAUGCCAACCAGAGAUGCAUGUCACCAAGAAGCCGUGGAUGUCCUUUUUCAGGACCGGCGAGGCGGAGUUAAGGAUUCGGAGGGACGACCAGGGGCCCGUGUUUCGUUUGGUUCUCUUUACUGAGGGCGCCAUACUUGCUAAUCGUGCGAUAGUCUGUACUGCUAGAAUGAUAAGUCGUAGGGCUGCGACUCUCAGGCUGUGUCUCUCUCGGAUCUGUUAGGUCUGCAACCGAGCUUCAGCCCAGGGACGCACAUGGAGGCGCGCUAAAGCGGUGGGAGGGCGAAGAUCUCUUGCUUUGGUCUGGGAAAAUAAGACACGUCUUUGUUUAUGCCUAUGGCUCGAGACGACAUAAAGGUAACAAACAAUCAGUAGGAGUAGUAACUAGCAUUCAAGUUACAAGUGCAACCGGAGGAGACAACAAGGCUCUUCGGUGAUCACAGC